UACGUAGGCAGUUUUACAUCCCAUAUCGUAGUGAGGUAGAAUCAGUAUAUUUAGUUCCUGGUUAAAUAGGAGCACUGUGCAAACAGAGUUGAUCAGUUUCAUUACAAUAAUAUUCAAUGUGGAACAGCAAGUGAGAAAAUUAAUAGUUGGUUAAAGACAAACCAUCCUUAUUUUCUUCAUUUUAAAAGGACAAAAUAUGUAAACAAACUAUAAUUAAUGGCUGUUAAGCGAAGAAGAUAUAUAACAGUGCUAUUUUGGCGGAAGUGCGUUGAAGACAGUGAAAAUAUUUUAAAGACUAUAGUUUGAAAUAUAAAUUUUAUUAAGAUUAUUUCAAAAGAAACACUAUGGUUUUCGUCCGUGCAGUUAAAUGCAUUGUUACUUCUUUCCAAAUAGUAUUGAUAUCGGAUAUUUUAGCAGCUCGUCUCUCAUACCAAGAUGAACAACGAUGGCGGUUCAAGCCGAUCUAUUACAGCCGAGAAGAAUUGCAAUUAAAUUAUACCCGAUAUAAAUCACACAACACAUCCUUUAAUAUUUCAUUUCAUGCGCAUAACAGGGACUUUACAAUGCAUUUUCUUAAAUCUCAUCCAUCCAACAUGGAAGACACCGUCAAUGAAAAUCACACAAGAUCCACUUCAUACGAGACAUCAGUUCUUGUGGGACAAGUGACUGGACUGCAGGACAGUCUCGUUACAUGCACCGUCGAGAAUGGAAUUUUGCAGGGUAUUAUUUCAUCAAAACGGGAGGAAACAUUUUACAUCCUCCCUACAAUCUGGGUUCUGAAAAGGCCAAUCAUCUUUUCGUCUGUAAUAUACACUGAACAUGACUUUAAAAGAGAUUCUUCAUUACAGCAGUUCAUCAGAAACCAUCACCAGUCCUAUAUAUCAUUACAGCAAACUCAUGAAGGUCGAAAGCACAUAUUCUUACAUGAAAUGAGCAUGCCACGAGGAAGAAGGUCAAUCUCAGAAGAAACAAGGAACGAAGAUAGAGAAAACAGUUUUAAGAAGCGAGUCUGUACAAUCAAAUUUACCACUGACCCGUUCGUUUGGAGGCAUGUGAUGAACAGAAAUGGACAGAAUAAGAUACGAGCGGUGAAUAAAAUUCAUUACAUGAUAAGAGAUCACAUGGAAGUUCUAAAUGACAUUUUUGAAGAAACAAAGUUCAUCGUCAAUAAAGGAACAGUUGACGAGUUCACAUUGAGUGGUUUCCAGUUCGAAGUAGGAGAAAUUGUGAUUUUGGAUGAACGACACUGUGCAGAGGAAAUAAAUGUGUGUUCAAAGAAAUUAGCACAAAGGGAACUUCUCGAUAGAUUCCUCAUUAAACAAGACGAUUUCCUUGAUCAUUACUACUCGGACAAUGAAAUUCUUGACUACAGUUAUACCGACGGUGAUAAUAACUAUCCAGCAGUUGGUGAGAUGCCAUCAAGUACCCAAACGUAUCACUGCCUUUCAGUGCUGUUCACUGCUCGUUCUAUCACUCAAGGGCUUACGCCGGUACCCAUAUAUGGGCUAGGAUACACUCCUAACGAUGAAAGCCCAAACACUGGUAUUUGCAGUACAAAAAAUGUUGCUUUUGUCAACCUGUACGUCAGCGAAAAGGUCCCUUAUCAGCCAAACAUGAGGACAAAACUGGUGUUUUCCCACGAAGUUGCCCACGCAUUUGGCGCACCGCAUGAUAAUGAUGAAACUGCGUGCGGUGAAUAUACAGUUCUUAGUAAACCAGAUGCAGGCUACUUCCUGAUGCACGAGGUGGCGGUGACAGGUGACCUGGGAAACAAUUUUAAGUUUUCCAAUUGUAGCCUUAAUAAAAUUGGUACUGUUUUAACCAGAGAAUCGUCAACGUCAUGUUUUAUAGACCAAAAAACUUCAAUUUGCGGUAACGGCAUUGUUGAAGAAGGGGAACAAUGUGACUGUGGUUUUAGAUGUCACCUUGACAACUGUUGUAAUGCAAAAGGAAGAAAACACGAAUGCUCUUUGAAACAAGAAGCACAAUGCAGUCCAAGUCAAGGGCCGUGCUGUAGUGGUGAUACCUGCCGGUACUUCAAUCAAUCAGAAAACAUGGUUUGCAAAAAUGCUGCGUCGUGUAUUGAUACACUGUACUGCAAUGGUGACAGCGCGACAUGCCCUGUGCCGUCAGAAAAACAGAUAAGUCCUGACAAUACAACGUGUAGAACAGACAAUGAUAGAGUUGGCGUGUGUCAUAUAGGGAAUUGUAAUAGAUCGGUGUGUAAUUUGAUUGAAUGGCAUGAAUGUGACCUCACAAAUGUCGCCGCAAAGUUGACAUUAAAGGAAAAAGAAGAAUUAUGUUUUGUCGGUUGCCGAAAAACAAAAACCUCGCCAUGUAUCAGCACUCAUAACGACCUCGCACUUGCGCAGUUCCCAGAGCUGAACAACAUAUUGAAAACAAUUGCUGAGCGUGAUAAAUGGCAAGAGACCAGCAUUCGUUUACCAGUUGGUACACCAUGUGACCGUAUGACAGGAUACUGCGACGUGUUCCAACGUUGUAGAGGGGUGGACCCCGACACACCUCUCACCAAUUUUGAACGAUGUUUCGAGCAAGGGAAAGAAUGUGGCUCGCUUUUCCUUGACUUUUUAUCGAGUGAAAUUGGCGCACUCAUUUUAGCAACUGUUACUGGUGUCCUAAUUACCCUUGCCUUGGUGAAGUGUUUAACAGUUCACACGAAAAGCAGUAACCCAGACUUAGAACUCAAACAUCCACACAGAUCAGUUCGAGAGUCGGUUACCAGUGUAAGAUACUCAGUCGUACAUAUGGGUGACUCAGUCAGAACUUCAGUGUCGCAUAUGGGGCGUUCAAUGCGAAACUCAUUUAGAAGUUCAUUGAGACGAGGUCGGGCGCUUUCGAGACAAAACAGUCAAGUUGUGCAAGAAUUGGAAAACUUAAGUCCAGAGGAUGAUAAUUUGUUCGAAGCGUGAAUGCGUCAAUUUGAAACACAAGUUGAUGUCUUUAAUUGUUUGUUCUUUAGAUGAACACUUCAUUACGAAGCUGAAAUGAAAUCCAAAACUAAAAACAAAUGUCAACUAGGGACGUUGAUUGUUCACGUUUACAAGGUUGUGACAAAAUGUGAUGUACAGUUUAAGAAUAUACGAUUGUAUUUAACGGCCAAAGUUGUAAAGAUAUCAACUUUUGUUCAGCAGACUAAACACAAGUUUAUGUAUGCCAUUUUACUAAUUAAUCCUCACUUGUUGUUGAAACAUUUUAGAUGAUAAACUAAUAGGCAUUGUGCAGCUUUUUCUGCAUAAGAUGCAUAAGCAUUUAAAAAUACCCCAACUUAUCGCAAUCAAACUAAUUGUCAGUAUUAUACUUUGAUUGUGCUUUUUAGUUAUAAUAAUGCUUUUGAUAUUAUUGAUUUUGUUUUUCAAUGCAGAGUACUAUUCCAAUAAUAAAUCUAAUUCCUGUCACGGACGUUUUUAACUACAUACAAAAUAUUGUUCCUAUAGCGAUCUGCGGCAGUCCUUUAUUUGAACAUUCGACUACUGGAGUUGUCCAUUGUAUUAUUGAAUAUCAUUACUUCAAUUUUCAAUCUUCAGAUUGGGUGAAUAAGACCUACUUGUUAUGAAAUAGAAUUACAAAAAUGUUUUGCGGCUUUCAUAUCAUGCAUUACGAUAACUUCCGUGACAGGAAUUAGAUUUAUUAUUGGAAUAGUACAUUUUCAUAACGAAUAACCACUUAUCUCCAUUCGCGAAUUGGAUUAAGAUAAAAGCGAUCUAAACACUUAGUCAAGAUCCGGGUUCUCAAAAGGGUACCUCACUUAUAAAGCUGACUGGGCACGUUUGAUGAAAUUAUCUCUGACAUUUGCACUUUUUACUGAUAAACAGUUUAAGGGAAAAUGAGCUCAUCCCAAACAACGAAUGGAUCGCGAGUGUGGUAGUAUAAUCUACAACCAAUGCGAAUAGAUUUACUCUAUGUAAACAUUAUCUGAUGCAAAACGUAGGAGUAAGCGAAUUGAAGACGAAACUGCUCAAAAUGCAUAAUCAGUGAUCCGUUUUGUAAUUAAUUGCUAAAAUGACAAGGUUUGUCGGUGCAAAGUUGAAUAUCCUACCCUAUAUGUUGUUUAUGCUGUAAGUUGAAUGAUAUACAUAGUACAUAUUAUACAUCUCUAUUGUGACUUUAAUAUUGAAGCUAGCUUUUAACAGAUCUAAAUAGUUCAACAAGCCAAGGAACAAAUAAUCAACAUGUAUGUUUUAACCUGCAACAAAAGAUGAAAACAAUCCAAAAUUUACUGAUAUAUUCACCUCAGUUGACAGAUGUAAUAAAGGGAUUUUGUUGUUUAACAAAUCUUUCACUUACAUGGAACUGAAAAUCAACAAACAUAUUUAAUAAAAAAAUAAAUCAUCUCUGGCAUGACAUUCCAAAUCUUGAGAGAAAGUAAAGCAACAACGGGGCACAAAAUCGAUAGUUCCACUGAUAUUAACAAUUGUAUCAAGUAUGCGUAUCAAUGUAGUAACUGUAUAGUUGUAUAAAAUAUGUUAGAAAAGCUUUUUCAGUUUGUCCGAUCUGCUUUGUUAGUUUGUUUGAAGUUGUUAUUAACUGGGGGGGUUUCCAACUACACUUGGAACUUAAUCUAAUUAUUUUCAUCCUUUGGCCAUACAGUUUUUUACGGGGAUUUACGAUCUUUCAUUGACCCUUUUGUUCGAAGCGGGAACUAAUAAGCAAUAAAGAAUUUAUAUAUGUCUAAAUAGUGAACUGACGAUGAUGAAGAACGGUCAGAGACUGCAUGAAGUAAAUGGCGCAUAUUUUAUUAAAUGUUCAAGAAUACUUACAGUAAUCUCUGAGGAUUGUUGGGAGACAAACAUAGCUCAGCUACUUUAAACAUUCGCAUUAAGCAGCAGCGUAUACAUAUCCAAUAUGAAUAGUAGAAGUACUCAACUGAAAAUGUAACCGGAACGUGUAAAAUAAAUCAAUCUCAUGACACAUAUCCAAACUUCUUGAAUACAGAUGUAUCUCAGGUUUAUUUCCUUCAAAAUGUUAUUAAUCUGAUAUGAUCAAGGUUGUAAAAAUGUAAUAAAUUUUCAUUUUAUUUAAAGCUAAAUGAGUUUAGUUAUUUAUAGUUAAUGGUUGUAUCGCUCAAGCGCAAACCUCGUUUUUUAUUACAAUUAAUUUACAAUCGAUAGUUUAACUUCACUGCUCAGGUAUGAAAUUUACACAUGUUAAAUGCGCAAUGUUUUGUAUGGUUUAAUGCUUCCGAUGGAUGCGUCUUUCUUCAACAGCAAUAUGUUUUUGUGUAAAAGAAUAUGCUUCAUUUUAUUAUUUACCUUCCGGGGGUAAUAGAGAUUUAUAGGUUUAAUAAAUGUGAAUUUCAGUGUUUCAAACUUGGCUAUGUUUCACUAUAUUAAAAUUCUAGCCAGUUAUCACACUCAAAUAUCACAUCAAAACUCACAGGGAUGGGACACAAUACCAUUAUGUAACCCGCUUUACAAUAAAUUAAAAUUGUGUUCAGCAAAUAAUUUAAUUGCCUCAAUGAUCAAUAGCAUAACAAAUUCAUUCCCAGUAUAAUUUAAAGUGACGAAUCACAACCUUCACAUUUUGUACCAUAUGUUUGUGAUCUAAAAACAUUACCAUUGCCAGUCUAGACAUAUAUGCUCUAUCAACGAGAAAAAUAUCCAUGAGCUAAAUAUCACGUUUGACAAAGGUCAUAUUUCAUUGCUGGGUGGUUUAUGGAUUUGACUUUAUAACUUCAUAUAAUAAUACAUGGGAUGACACAACAUACACCAACAAACUGAGAUAUACACAAGGUUUAAAGGCCAGAACGAAGCAGAAAUAAAACGUAUACAUUGAGAAACAAAUCACACACAUACCGGCUGUUCGAUAUUUU